AUGUUUCCAUCAAAUAAAGAUUCAGCAGGGCAAGGAAAUAGCACCUUAGAAGACCGCUUACGUGGACUGAUACUCAGUAACUCAGAUCCAAUGUUGAUUCCAGGUGCUGGACGUCCUGCUCCUCCACCUGGUUUACCACCUCCCGUGCUCCAAUCAAAUGCAACCGGCCACCAUGACAGCUAUAAAGCUCCAGCUCCUCCCCAGGCUCCAUUCGAAAACGCUGCCAAUCCUCUGGCGCCUGAGCUGUCGUCUCCUCCGGGCCGGAAGAGACCCAAUCAGGCCCAACGAAGACAAAUGAAUGCUCAAUUAUCCAUACCAAUUGAUCCUCGGCCCAAUCCUGGAGUCCAAGCUGGACGUGGAAACGGCUUUUAUGGUCCACCCAAUUCCCACUAUGGUCAUCAAAACCUUUCCAGCAGACCUCCACACCAACCUCAUCGUCACAACCAGCAGCCUCAUCAGCAAUAUUCACCUCGUUUUCAAAAUCAAGGUCCUUCUUCUCCGUACUCACCGCUACCAAACUACCAGCAACACUCUCCCCAAUCACCAAUGCAUCACUACCAGUCGGGCCCACAUGCAAUAUCCCAUCCAAGACAAAGUUCAAACCACUUCUCACCCCAGCAUCAACCUCCACAACAGAACGUUUUCGCAAGGCCUCCCCCGCAGAAUCGCCAGCUGUACCAACCAGGCUCUCAAACAGGACACGGUGGAAGACCAUUUAGUCAGAACCCCCAAGAAUUAGCAAGUCAAAGCUCCCACCUUGAAUGGCUUGUUGAACGCUUCGUACCUGGUGUUGGAAUCGAUCCUCAAGAAGAAGCCGAAAAGGAAAAGUUCAGAGCAGUUGUGGAACUGGCAUGUCGAGAAGCUAUCACUGAGCAUGAAAAAGCGGAGCUGGGCAACGAGAAUUUUGAUCCAUCUACCGUACAACUGCAGUGUUUUGGCAGCAUGAGAUCGGGCUUCGCUACAAAGGCUUCGGACAUGGACCUUGCCCUGCUCACUCCCAAAUCUAUUCCAGCAGCAGAUUCUUCAGAGUCGGUCAUUCCUCGUAUAUUGGAGAAAAAGUUAUUGGGACUUGGUUAUGGGGCUCGACUUUUGACUAGGACGAGGGUUCCAAUUAUCAAGCUUUGUCAGAAACCUACAGAAAAACUGCUCUCGGAUCUACUACAAGAGCGUCAAAAAUGGGAAAGCGGGUUCACAUCAGAUCACGAGGACGAAGAUGAUCAUCAUGAAGCUAUCAUUUCCCCAGUGGUCAAUAAAGCUCCUUCGCAACAAGAAGAUGCUGCAAGCCUAUUACUAGUGGCAGAACGACACCAAGCAACAACUAUCGAAAGUUAUAAUGAAAAGUUGGCGUCAUUAAAGCAAAAAGACCAACAAUCACUCGGGGACUAUUGCAAUUUGGCGAAACGCUUACUGAGACGGCUCGGUGGUAGAGAUAUUACGUUGAACUCGCCAGACCUCGAUGAAAAAGAAUCGAAGAUUCUCAAUGAUGUGUGCAAAGCUUUCAUAUCAGGUCUUUCGUCUGAAGCAUUGUCUGCAAGACUCCGGCAAUAUCAGUCAAUUUUACCACUCUUCGAUCCAAACUUACCAUUCGUUCAGCGCUCCAUUCAUGGUGUCUGGACCCAAAUUGAAGGCGAGCGCUUAGCUAUGGCAUGGGAUUCGCGCCCGCUUACUGAACCAGACGAUAAGCUAGAGUUUGAAGCUAUGGGUCUCGUUGAGGCAUGGCGAAAGUUGCAAGAUCGGACAGGUGCUCUCAUGGAGCCUACGAUUUACAACCGACAGCUAUUUAUGGCCUCGGAGAAAUUGAAGAAAAUCAACUCCAUUCAAUUGGUUGCCUUGGAGCAAACUCAACACGAAGAUCCCGUCUACUAUCAAGCAAGAGCGCAAAAAAUAAUGGACGAGUUGACAGGACGGGGCCAGUCUUUCCUUGAAUCUAGUAUCACACCAAUAGUCGUUGCUCAUUAUAUUGGCGGUAUUGGCAAUGAACGCAUUCGUGAGGUCAUUCAAAAUACAGCUCAUAGCGACUCGAGUCUGAGCCAAGUUGGUCUUCAUCACCGAGCGCUUCAACUGGCACUUGAUAUCGAGCAUGCUCUUGAAGUAGGAGUCUAUCUAGACUCCGAUCGACCGCACGUCGAGCAAUAUGUCACCCUGCUUCGAUCCCGCAAGCUUGACGGGCCUACAAUUCCUCGAAACGAAGUCGAAACCAACUUGAUUGCAAGGCUGCGUAACUUACCUGAUCCUACUCUCACCUCUCUUAAUAAACCUCGAGAUCGAUACAAAGACCAUCUCGAAUUUCCAAAGACAGAUAUUGGCAUCCAAUGCGAUAUCAAUUUCUCAGCACAGCUAGCCAUCCAUAAUACGCAGCUCCUGCGCUGCUAUUCUCAAAGUGAUCCACGGGUGAAACUCAUGAUACUUUUUAUCAAGCACUGGGCCAAAGUUCGUGGAGUGAACACACCAUAUCGGGGUACUCUUAGUAGCUAUGGCUAUGUUCUCAUGGUUCUCCACUACCUUGUCAACAUCGCUCAGCCUUUCGUCUGUCCAAACUUACAGUUGAUCCACAAAGAGCUGCCGUCAUAUCUACCACCAGCUGAUGUUGAGGCUCUUACCACAUGUCAAGGUCGAGACGUACGGUUCUGGCGCAAUGAAGGAGAGAUAAAGAAUCUGGCGGAUCGGCAAAUGUUGAAUCACAAUCAUGACUCCGUUGGCUUGCUUCUGAGAGGUUUCUUCGAAUACUAUGGUCAAACCGGACAACUGUCAACCUCCGCCGGGAGAGGUUUCGAUUGGGGAAGAGAAGUAUUAAGUUUGAGAACACAGGGCGGUAUCUUAUCCAAACAGGAGAAGGGUUGGGUUGGAGCAAAGACCGUAAUCCAAACUACCACCAUUGCUGCUCCUCCAACGCCAUCUUCGGCAAACACUCCGAACGUUGUCGACCAGCCCGAGACUUCCCCUGCAGUAGACACCCCAAAGACUCCCAAAUUAAAUCCCAAGACCGUUGAAGAAACCAAGGAGAUCAGGCAUCGAUAUCUUUUCGCUAUCGAAGAUCCAUUCGAGUUAGAUCACAACGUCGCCAGGACCGUGACCCACAAUGGAAUUGUCAGCAUCAGAGAUGAGUUUAGGCGAGCAUGGAAGAUCAUCAAGGGUAUUGGUAAACCAUGGGAGGGUAGUGAUGGGCAGUUGUUGGAUCCAUUCUCUAACGCGGCAGAUGAGAAGAGCGGGCUGCAAGCUCUGAUGAAUUUGAUCCAUGGCCCUGCACCUGCUGCAGCACCUAUGCCUGCUCCAAGGCCAGAGGUAGAAAAGGUCGAGACGGGUGCGUGA